CAUUUUAUAGUUUUUUGGCUUAAUUGCACUUUUGGUCCCCCAACUAUGGCCUUCCUGCGAAAAUCGUCCCUAAACUUCAAAAUUAGCAAAACUCGUCCCCCAACUAUACACACAGUUGCAAUUUUGGUAUUCCGUUAGCAUUCCGUCAGAAAUCUAACGUGAGAAGCUUACGUGGCUUACUCACGCGUUUCUCACGUGAUCAUUCAGGAGAGAGAGUGAUGAGUGGACAAACAUGUGAUUUUCACGUGACCUAACUAAGCUACAACAGGUCAAAAUUAGGGUUUUUAAUUUCAAAACCUAAGGGACCAAAAUUGCAGCUCACAGAAAAUCCUAGGAGAAGAGAACGAUCACGAUGACAGCCAAGAAGGCGACGCCGACGAAGAAGGUGAAGAAGACGACGCCGACGAAGAAGGCAACAAUGAAGAAGAGCACCCCGAGGAAGAAACCAUCUGCGACCAACAACAAUGGACCCAAGAAGGGGACCCCGAGGAAAGUGAUUGAGAAGAACGUGGAUUGUGACAAGGAAGAAGCAAGUAGUGUGGUCCCAGAACGUGAAGUUUCUCGGGAUGCUGUUCCUUUGCCCUCUACCCAUGUGCGAAGCUCCUUAGUGUCUAAUAGUAUAAGAAUACUGCUGCAUCAUGGUGGGAAAUUGACCUUUGAACCCAAAUUUGAAUAUCAUGGUGGUUCUGUAGAACAAUUGGUUGACUGGGACACAGAUGUAAUAUCUUCUAUUGAGAUGGGUAAGGAGGUAUUUAAAUUAGGGUAUAAGGCUUUUAAAGCUUUAUGGUACAGGCACCCUGGGGCAAUAGGUCCAAGUGGGAAUAGGCGUAUAAUCACUGAUAAGGAUGUGCACCAGUUCUGCUCUGAUGUUAAGGGGUAUAAUCUAGUCCAUUUAUUUGUUGAGCAUGACAAUGAGAUAUCAUUAGAUGUUGUUGACUCAGAUGAUGAUGUGGCAAUAGUUGAUAGGUUGGAUGUGAUUUGUGGAAAGUUGAUUCAGGGAGGAAAGGAUGUGGAAAAGGAUAAGGUGAUUCAAGAGGAGGUUGUUUCUGUGGCACUAGAGUGUGAGAAGGAUGAAGUGGUUGAAGAAGAACCUGAUAAGGAAAGGGUGGUGGAAGAAGAGGUUGGUAAGGACAAGUUAGUGGUACAAGAGGCUGAGAAGGAAAAGUUAGUGGAAGAAGAGGCUGAGAAUGUAGUGGCAGAACAGGUUGAGAAGGAGAAGAUAGUGACAGAACAGGUUGAGAAGGAUAACCAAGUGGUGGGAGAAGAGGGAGAUGAUGAGUCAUAUCACCCUAACAGUGAUGACAGUGAUGAUUCCUCAGUGGUGUCACUAGAUGAUAGUGACUAUGAGGAAAACUGGGACUGGACCACAGUCUUGCCUCAUGAGUCCCUUGUUGAUAUACCUCAUGAUGCUCCACCACCUGAUCUGUAUGAACUUUCAUUACCUGUAGACACUAAUGAUCCAGGAGCAACAUACUCAGAUUUUGAAGAUGAAGAUGGGGAUUCUGAUGAUUUAGAGAGUCCAUCUGAAGGAGAAGGAGAGGGAAGGGCAAGGAGAUACCCCAGGUUUAGACCUGCAGAAGAUGGUGAUAGUGUGAACUUUGUCCUUGGUCAGAUAUUUGACAGUAAGGAUAUUUUUAUUCAUGCUGUUAAGGAAUUUGCUCUGCAACAUAAGAAAGAUAUGAAAAUAGUGAAGAAUGACAAGAAGAGGGUGGUUGUUAAUUGUGUCAAAGGCUGCCCAUUUAAUCUGAGAAUCAGUAAGACAAAUAACAGGCACUACUUCCUGCUUGUCACAUAUGAGGCUACUCACAAUUGCUGCAGGUCUGCAUCAAACAGGCAGGCUAAGACUAUUUUUAUGGCUAGGAAGUACAUGCCUCUUCUCAGGCACAGUCCUAACUUGAGCAUACCUGGAUUAAUUGAAGAAGCAAGAAGUAGGUGGGGUAUACAUUUGGGGUGGUGGAAAGCUUACAGGGCAAAAGUCAAGGCUAUAGAGAUGAUUCAGGGUGCAUGCACUGACCAGUACAGUCACUUGAGAAAUUAUGCUCAUGAACUGCUGAGAAGCAAUCCUGGCAGCACUGUAAUCAUCAAGAGUGAGGAGGGACCUAAAGGGCCAGUGUUCAUGAGAAUAUAUGUUUGUUUGGCUGCAACAAAACAAGCAUUUGCAAACACAUGUAGACCUCUAAUUGGUCUAGAUGGAUGUUUUUUGAAAGGCACUUAUGGAGGGCAGCUCCUAGCAGCUGUAGGGAAGGAUGGAAACAAUCAAAUGUUUCCAAUAUGCUAUGCUGUGGUAGAGGCAGAAACUAAGGACUCUUGGAACUGGUUUGUGAGUUUGUUGUUGGAGGAUCUAGACCAAAUUAAGAAGAAAAAGUGGGCUUUUAUCUCUGAUCAGCAGAAGGGUUUAGUUCCCACUCUCCAGGAGCUCAUUCCUGAUGUUGACCACAGACUAUGUGUGAAACAUAUCUAUGGUAACUUCAGGAAGAAGUAUCCAGGAUCAGAAUUGAAAGUGGCAUUGUGGAAGGCAGCCAGGGCAAGCACAGUGCAGGAGUGGAAGAAAGAAAUGGAUUUGAUGAAGGCAUUUAGUGAAGAGGCUUACAAUGACAUGAUGAGGCUGCCAGCAAAGCAGUGGGCAAGAUCAGCCUAUAGCACAGACACAAGAUGUGAUUUGCAGGUCAACAAUAUGUGCGAGGCAUUUAAUAUGGCAGUGUUGGAGCAUAGGGACAAGCCCAUUAUUUCUCUGCUAGAGGGGCUGAAGUUUUACAUCAACAAUAGGAUUGUCAAGCAGAGACAAUUGAUGCUGAGAUGGAAGACUUCAAUCAUAUGCCCACUGAUUCAGCAAAGGUUGGAAUUCUCCAAGGAAGCAGCUGAUAAAUGCGUAGCAGUUUGGAAUGGUUCUGACAAUUUCAGACACUUCCAAGUGAAGAGAGAUUCUGAUUCUUAUGUUGUAGACCUGGAAGAAAGGACAUGUGCCUGCAGGAGAUGGCAGUUAACAGGCAUUCCUUGCUCACAUUCCAUUGCAUGUAUGUGGUUUGCACGCCGGAAACCUGAGAACUAUGUGGAUCCAAGCUACAGGAAAUCAACUUUCCUGGAAACAUAUUCUUAUCUAAUCCAGCCCAAUAAUGGGCCUAAGUUAUGGCCAGAAGAUCCUGCACCACCCCUGAACCCUCCUUUUGUAAGAAGAGCUCCUGGGAGGCCAAAGAAGGCUAGAAACAAGGCAAAUGAUGAGAAGAAGAACCCUACAAAGUUGAAGAAAGGAGGUUCUGCACUAAAAUGUAGAAGAUGUGGAGGACAAGGGCACAAUGUAAGAACUUGCAAAGCCAAGGACCUAGCUGACAGAGAGAUUCCUGUUGGAGGGAAUAAGGAUAACCCUACACUACUGCAACCUGAGCAGAGGGAUGUGCAAACUACUCAAAAUGCAACUCAGGAUGCACCUCCUGUGAGCCAGACCCAGGGUGAUCCUCCUCUUAGCCAAUCUCAGGCUCCACAGGCUCCACAAUCUCAGGCUCCACAUGCUCAAGCUAAAGGGAAAGGGAAAGUGAAACAGCCAGCCAAAGGGAAACAGGGACACAAUGCUAAGGGAGGAAAGAAGAGGAAGCUUGGAGAAGUUAGUGGAUCAAAGUAGUAAUGUGUUUUAGGCUUCAAAAAGUGUAAUGUGUUUUAGGCUUAAGUGACAAUCUUGCAAUGUGACUCUUUUUAAUGUUUCUGUAAUGUGGUUUAGGCCUAAGUGCCAAUUGAGCAAUGUGACUCUUUUUAUGGUUUCUGUAAUGUUGUUAAGGCCUAAGUGCCAAUUGUGUACUCUACUGUGGGUGUUUGAUGACAAAUGAAGGCCUAAGUGCCACUGUUAUUUUGUUGAA